AUCCAACAAACAAAAAAAGAUCCUCGUACCUUAGCCAUUGAAUUCAAAGAGACAUUUGAAGCCAAGUAUGGCACUCACCAUAUCGAAUUCUUCAAGGGCGGGUAUUCUCAAGCAUUGGAAAAAGCAAAAAAGGACCUGUUGUUCUUUUUAGUCUUGUUACAUAGUGAUGAUCAUGAUGAUACAGAUGCAUUUUGCAGAUACACUGUGUUCAAGUCGUUUGAUUGAUUUUAUUAGACAAAAGAACAUACUUGUCUGGGCUGGUGAUGUACAUGCCUCUGAAGCUCAUAAAGUAAGCUAUACACUUCAAGCCUCUACCUAUCCCUUUAUGGCAUUGAUUGCGCUACAAUCCAAUGUGGGUAGUUCACCUAAAAUGACGGUCAUUGAGCGUAUGGAAGGUCCUUCUCAUCCAGAAGAGCUUGUCAGUCAAAUUGAGCAUGCUAUGGAUCGUCAUGGUGCUGUUGUCCAUCGAUUGAAGAACGAACGCGAACAAAGAGAACAAGAACGACAGUUGAGAGUGGAUCAAGAUGCAGCUUAUCAUGAAUCAUUAAAGGCUGAUCAAGAAAAGGCACGUAAAGCACAAGAAGAAAAAGAAGCGCAACAAGAACAAGAAAGACAAAAGCAAUUGGCAUUGGAAGCCAUUGCCUUACAAAAGCAAAAACGAGAACAAUACAUACAGUAUUUGUAUGGUCAAUUGCCUGAUGAACCUACAGAGGGUCCAAUGGCUAAAUUGAGUUUUCGUUUGGCUGAUGGUGAUAGAGUGAUUCGUACAUUUAAACAAGAUGCUACUGUGGAUACCCUGUAUCAGUUUGUACAAGUCUAUCCAUUCAUCAAGAACAAUCAAGCCAAAGAUGUAUCUGUUAAAGCACCUUCAGACUAUCAACAUCAAUACAAGUUUACUAUCCAUAGUCCUUAUCCUCGUAUGGAGUAUGAGCCCAGUUCAAAGCCAUUGAUUGAUAUCAAGAGCUUAUGGCCAAGUGCUACUUUAGUAGUAGAAGAAGAAGAAGAAGAAGAAGAAGAAGAAUAAAGUCUGUUUUAUUUACAUA